AUGUCACUGAUGUUGCAUUUAUUGUUGCUGAUGCUGCUGUUUGGUGAGGCGCCAGCAUUUGGACGUAAGGUAAAACGUAAGGAUGCUCAUUAUCAUCUGAAUGUGCCGCCGCCACCACAGCCACAAAAGACUUCGGCAUCGACACACACUGUGGUUGUUGAGCACGAUUUGCCACCGUACAGCUUCGAGGCCGUCAACCACGAUGAGUUUGCGGCGCCAAGUCAACCCCAAUACGAGAGUCCCCACUAUGCGAGCUCCGACUAUGCCCCACACAGCAGUCAUGGCAGCAGCAGCAGUGGCGGUUAUCUGGUGGACAAUGGCUUGCGCAGCAUUGCCAAGGGGUCAGCGGAUCAGGCCAUCUCGGCUGUGGCCAGUCAGAAUGCGGCUGGCAAGCAAGCCUCGUAUGUGGCCAAGAGCACAUUGGCGCAAGCUGCUGCUCAGGCAGCGGGCACUGCAGUCGCCGUGCUCAAGGGCAAGGAGGUGCUUCUGCACAGGCUGGAGGAGCAGAGCGUCGAGGCACACAAGUCCGUCGAACGAGAGCUCACCCAACUGCAGCAGGCCAAACGGUCGGCCAAGGCAGCCCAGUAUGCCGCACAGCAGGCCAUUAACCAUGUGAGCGUUCUGACCGCAGCGCUGAACAAUGCCCAAUCCGCAUCUGAGCUGGCACAGAAGGCUGCCGCUGAGGCAGCGGCUGAGCUGUCGUCACAAAUCGAUAUGGUGGCCCAGGCCAAGGGCAAACUGGAGCAGACCGAGUCGCAGGCCUAUGCAGCGCGUUUGGACUACGAGGAAACGCGCGAGGCGGCAGAGAAGGCAACACUCUCCGCCCAGGAGGCGCAACUCAAUGCCAACGAUGCGGCGCUGCACGCUAACGUCGAGCUCAGUGAAGCGGUUCAUCUGCAUGACAAAAGCGAUCGCAAUGCGGAGCAGUCGCCGAGCGCAACCGGUCAUAGGACACGCCCCUACCAGACCGCAUAA